AUGCUUACGACUGGCACAGUUGAAGAUCAGCCCAUGGACGGGAACAUGUCGUUUACAUCUUAUAAUAUGAUGGACUCUGGAGGCGCUGGAAUAGAGUCGCCGCCAACUUACCACAGAAGCUACGAGCAGUACGUCCAAGGGGCUGUCGACAAUAGUACAGACUCAACUCAGGAACAGACCAGCCCGGAGCUCGUCGUCUGGUCCACUCUCCCAUACGGCAUAGACUAUAGAACCCAAUACGACUACAGAAAUCCUUACGAGUCUAGGGAUUUCUCCACUCAGCAGUUCGCUAGAGCACCAUUUACCACCAAGAUGGGACAGGCGAAAGCUCUGAAGGAAGCCAGGAUACGGAGACCCAUGAACGCGUUUAUGGUGUGGGCUAAAGUGGAGCGGAAGAAGUUGGCUGAUGAGAACCCAGACCUGCACAAUGCUGAUCUCAGUAAAAUGCUAGGUGAGUGA